GAGGCUGUCCUCAUCAAAGGAGCUCUCAAGAUAAUGAAACCCUAAAGCCCUCAGACCCCGACAGCUCCACACAGACAGAUAUAGAGAUAAACAAGCCUGAGGACAACCUUCCACUGGAUUUAAGAUGACGUGGCGUGAGCUACGUAGUCGGCAGUUCUGGAGUGCCACUUUAGCAGAGCUGCUCGGCACCCUGGUGUUAGUAAGCACCGUUCUGGGUGCCUGUCUUCCAGGGCCUGAGGAGGCCCCCGUGGGACCCCUGUAUCCAGCUGUAGCAGUGGGUGUGGUCAUUGUAUCACUGGCACACUGCUUUGGAGAAAUAAGUGGAGCACAGGUGAACCCUGCUGUCACUCUGUCCUUGCUGGCCACCCGGAAGCUGGAUGUUCUCCGUGCCCUUGUUUACAUGGUGGCUCAAUGUUUGGGGGCCUGUUUAGGAGCCUCAGCCCUCUACCUCGCUCUGCCCCUCAAAGCCACAGCAGACCACUUUGUUAAUAAGGUUCCCAUAGAUUUGAAUGCAGCGCAGGCUCUGUCCAUCGAGGUUCUGUGCACUUUUCAGAUGGUCUUCACCGUCUUCUCAGUGGAGGAGCAGAGACGGAGGGAGAGCGUAGAACCAGGAAAUCUGGCCAUUGGAUUUGCUCACUCUGCUGGAGUGCUAAUAGGGGCACGAUUCUCUGGUGCCAGUAUGAAUCCAGCACGUUCCUUGGGUCCAGCCAUCAUCACUGGAUUCUGGGAAAAUCACUGGGUGUAUUGGAUCGGUCCAAUCAUCGGUGCUCUACUGGCAGGAGUGUCCCACGAGUUCUUCUUUGCCCGCAGCGCCUCUCGCCAGAAGCUGGUGGCCUGUUUGACCUGCAAGGACAUUGAGAUCGUUGAAACUGCCAGCAUGACUGGGUCGUCUCUGUCUACAGUCACUCAGAACGCCAUGAGAGCCAAGCAUGCCAACAAACAGGACAGCAACUGAAGUCGUGUAAGGAAGGCUGGUCACUUAGCCAGGCUUGAUGGUGAUGGGCAACAAUGAAACGGCAGAAGUUGAUUUACCAAGGGUUUAGCUCCUUGAACUUUAUGUGCCAUAGAACAUAAGUAAGGAUAUGGUCUGAGGAUCAUUGUACAAUUAAUAAAAAAGAAAUCUGAUUAUAAUAAGAUAACAACUUGCUUAUAAGUGAAGGUAUUUCUGGAUAUUUAUUUAAAAUAGACAAAUAUUUCCUUUAAAGUGUCCAUUACUGUGUUCUGUUUAAUCAACAAUCUGAAUUACUAAACUACCGAGUUUCUAAGUGAAUUUUACACAAUCAGAACCAUAAAAUUUCACACACCACAAAAAAAAGUCAAAAUUAAUCAUUGCCACAAUAAAAAACAAUAUACAAUCAUUUACAUCAGACAAGAAAAAUGCUGCCUUUAUUGGACUACAUGAGGCUGAAGCUGAUAUCCCAAGGUCUAAUAUUCUCUUUCAUAUUUGCACAUCAUUAGAAUAUGUAAAACAAAAAAGAGACUCAUUGAAAUCCUGCUGAAUAAUAGCAUCAUGCUCCAGAUGCAUCUUGUGUUUGUUAUGGCUUUGAAAUGCUAAAUUGGCCCUUCCCCUCCUCUGGGGGUUCAAUGAUGGUCUCAAACAGUCCAGGUCUGUCUCUUCUCACAUGGCCCGCUAUUCACAGUUAAAUGGACGUUCAUACUUCUGUUGUGGUUCGACAGAUAGAAACACCGUAAUAAGCCUUGUAAUUACAAAGGGAGUAUAUGCUUUGUUUCUGAGGAUAUGUUUCGCUAUCAUAAGACCUUUAAGAAUGGUUAUUUCUUAUUAUGAACUGUUGUUUCUCUUUUGUGAUGAGAUACAUCUUUACAUUUCUGUUAGAUACUAAACCUUUUUUCUUUUUGUUUUAGAUUCUUUCACAUUACAAACACAAACAUCAAUGUAUUUUAUUGAAACAAAGUAGUUUAUGAUGGUGAAGUGGAAAGAAAAAUUAUAUAUGGUUUCAAGAUUUCAGAACCACCUGCAAUAACAGCUACAAGUCAGUUGGUGUAUAUCUCUAUCAUCUUUGCAUAUUUAGAGACUGAAAUGUUUGUUAAUUCCAUUUUUCAGAAUAGCUCAAGCUCAGUCAUAUUGGAAGGUGAAGGUCUGUGCAAAUUGGAUUUAGGUCUGGACUUUGACUGGGCCAUUUAAACACACAUCAUUUGAUCUAAACCAAUCCAUUGCAGCUCUGGCUGUAUGUAAGUUAUGUAUGGGAAUAUUAAGAAGCAGUAUAAAAUGAAUAGAGAUGUAUUUUCUAGAAUAUCUCUGGUUUUAUAUAAUAAUAAUGCAAAAACAUUUGGGACAUUUUUUGUUUAUAUUUUUUAUAUGAGGUUUCUAGGACGAUUUAUGAUCAAUUAUUAUUCCAAGAAAUCUGGUUUCAUUUACUUUUUUAUUGGAAUAUCGUGCGUCAUAAGACUGAACCUCAUUUUUAUUUGCAUUGCUAAAUAUAAAAAAGUUUGUUUUGUUAUAGUUUAGUGUUAAUUUAAUAUAAAUACACACCACUCUUUUUAGGUUUUUAUGUAACAAUCUUCUCUUUAAUGGUCCCAUUUAAAAUCUAAAAUAAACUUACAUACAUAUAAAGCCCUUAAUAGUUUAGCACCUUCUUAAAUGAGAGAUCUGAUUGCAAUCUGAACGCACUUUGCUUACAGAUUGCAGGUUUAUUCCCCUGUGGAACCAGCUCCUAGUCUUUAUACGUGAGGCAGACACUGUCUACUUUUAAGACUAGGCUUAAAAUAUUUCUUUUUAAUAAAACUAAUAGUCCGAGUUGCUUCAGUUGUCCUGAGCCAUCUCUGAAUUUACGCUGCUAUAGGCUUAGGCUGCUGGAAGAGAUACUGACCCCUUUCCUAACUGUACUAUUUUUUUUCCUACUACUCUCCAAUUAUGCAUCAUCUGCAGUUACUGCUGCCAUUAACUUUAUGUUCUAUCCCUGUUAUUUCUUUUUGCUCUGUUUAGCAGUGGCAUCUUCCUGGAGGACAAGAUAAAGCAAUUGAAAGAGCUAUUGCUGUGACUAACUGUUAUGACAGAUUUUACUACUAGCUCAGAGCUCAAAUGUUUAGCUGUUUCUCUCUCUUAGUUGAAGUCACAAAAAGAGCUGCUGCUGCCAUUAUCUUUUUACUUUUUCUUCAACAUAGAAAGUACCCCAGACAAGCACAUCUGUUUCCGCUUUUUGUUUUUUGUGUCUGGUCUGUCUUCUCGAAGCCCCAGCCGGUCGUGGCAGAUGGCCGCUUACACUGAGCCAGGUUCUGCUAGAGAUUUCUUCCUGUUGCAGGGGAGUUCUCUUCUCCAUAGUUGCUAAAUACAAGCUCAGUAUGAGGGAUUGCUACACGAUUGUUCAGGAGGAGGGAUUGCUGAUUAGAUAUAAAACUUUUUAUCAAGAGGCAUCAAAACACAAUUUGACUGCAAUGUUUUAUAACUAGGAUCAAAUUGUAAUGUAUGCAAUUGAGUGAAUCUGCAGCUGCAUAUAAACCGGAUCUGAUUGUUUUGUAAAGGACCAUGAGACCACAUUUAUUGUGAAUCAGCACUAUAUAAAUAAACUGAUUGAACUGAUUUGAAUUUAUUUGUAAAACUAUUUGAACAAACUUUUGCACUGCACUGUAUAUAAGACUGACCCUUGAAAACAAGCUAAUGUUGACCAUUAUUGUAAAAUCUAGAAAUAAAUUCUUGCUAUAAAUGA